AUGUCUCAAGAAUUCAAAAAACCGUCGAGAACUUCGUAUUUAGAAAAAUAUCCUCACCCACUCGGUCAAUUUAAAUCUUCAAUGAUAAUACAUAAUAUCCGAGAGAAAAUUGAAAAUCGAUUCCAAAUUCCAAGACACCAAAGUCGAUGGCUUCAAAAAACCAAUAUUUCGUUUGCACAUGGCAUUUUGCUCACUCCUAAUGCCCAAACAUUGAAAAUCAUCGCUUUCUGCAAAUCGAACGACCCGAAUUCCGAUGAAUGGGACAUCAAAGGAAAAUUAAGGUUCACUCUGCACAAUUGGGUCGAUGACAGCCGAUCAGUCACACUGGAAAGGGAGGAUGCACUCUUCAAAAGUGAAUUCGGCACAGCGCCAGUCACAAUGAAUACUCAUGUGACUUUCGAAAGGCUUCUCGAAAGAGGAUUUGUGAAAGAUGAUAAAAUCUGGAUAGCAACAGAUUUUCGAGUUCAAGAAGUCUCCAGAUUUUAUCAACCAAUGGUUUUCAAUUACCGCUCUAUGAUGAAAAACUGGGUAGCAUUCCAACAUUUGAAUGAUACGGUUUACUGUAGCAAGGAGAUCAUUUCUGCUCACACGAAAGGGACACCCAAAACUUCUUUCGUAUAUAAAAAAGUGUACACUGGGUCAUUCGAGCAAUUCCUGGAUAUUGUUCAUGGUUCUCCGGUUCCGGUAUUGAACGUAAAAGACUUAGUUGAUGUUCUGAAAGAUUCUGAGAGUUUUGGAAUGCGGAAUGUUAUUAAACGUCUGGAACCUUUCGUAAUUUAUCAAUCAAAUUUGAUUGAGUACUUGGGGCCGAUUGCAGUGGAAUACAAUUUGAGACGUGUCAUGCAUGCAUGGAUAAAUAGUCGGAGUCUUCUUUUCGAGAAGCCAGGUCUCUUCGAGAAGGCAGAUCUGGAAAUGUUAGAAGUUGAGAAGAUUUCAGGAGAAAUGAUGAAAGCGAUUGUUAAGAAAGUUUUCGAGGCGGAUAAGAAAAAAAGCUCGUUUUGA